CCUCCUCUCACGAGGUCAACGUCUAGGCCCAGGGCGGCGUCUGUCAAGUUUACUGCACUUCUCCAACAUUCCCCUGGUCUUUUGAUCAUCAUGGACCGGUUGUUCCAACGGCAUCCAAGCCGUUGACACAUGGCCGCGAUUGCUAUGCGAGCAUGGUCAUAGCUCUCUGUUAGAGCCAUGGCAGCAUACCGAAACAUGACCAAUGCAACACUGAUAUUAACGAGAUGCCCAUCUCUUGUCUCAAACUCCAACCGUGCCCACUGGACCAUGGGUGCUAUGAUUUGCAGCUCUCUUACUCGUUCUGAAAGCUCAUUCGGCAUUCCACCACCGUCCAAGAGCAUCGACCGGUACAUACUCGACCAUGCUAUACCAUGCCAUGCCAUCUUAGCCAAGACGAAAGAGCCAAGGAAAAAGUCACAAGCUAGUAAUUGCUCAACAACCGCCAUCUCGCCGAAGGCAAGAAUGUCUGUACUUAUCAAGGUUCAGCUGCUUCAUCACAUCUUGGCGCCUAGGGUUAGCGGUCGUCGUGAUAACCUCAAAGGGUCAACUCUAUCUUGGCGGCUCUUGGCGCUUGACCAAUGACGCGUAUCCAAUCAAUCCUCGGACCUUCAAGUCAAGGUACGCCGAAUUAUCGAGCGCUGCGCCCCCACAUCUCUUCUGACGAUCCAGCAAAGCGAUGUUCUGAUCGCUUCUGAGGUUAGGUAUCUCUGCAUCUUCCGUGGGGGGUCAGACAGAGGGUAACAAGAAAGAAAAAAAAACAGCAAUCAACGACAGAGACACUCGUUUCUGGAACAAGUUAAGAGACUGGCUUGGCUGUAGACAUUGGACUCUGUCCAUUGGCCUGAUGAAUCGCCACACCCUGUCGGCUCCUCACUCUAGGACCAACUAACCUUGCGCUUAUGUUACUUAAGGUUCUGGGCACUUGCGCUAAGCUUAUCGGCUACCUUGCUCAAAAUCAAUCAUAUCACCUGAUCCACACUCUCCGGGUCCCGUUGCCCAACAGUGGCAGCACUUUUUGUCUUGGCAGGCCGUGUGUUCAGUUCAUGUUACGUCGAGAAACAGAAAGAAUGGAUGUUGUCAAAAGUGGCCUAUUUUUCCUUUCGUCUCUUGGAUCGGGUUUGUUCGUAUUAUGUGGUUAGUGGUGAGACACGCCGCACUGAUAAAGCAGAGUUUGCACCCGCGAUCGUUGGUGUCAUCAUUUCAAUGUGGAAUAUUUCUUUGCCGUCUUUCUUCUACAGGCCUCCUGAUUGACUUCCUGAUGGAACCAUAUCCCCUAUCAACUAUAAAAAGUUCCUCGUCUCUUCGCGUUUAAUGCCCAGUGAACAGUACAUUUACACUUUCUCGGCCUUCCCGGAACCUCAGUCUCCUCCGCCACGACCUGCGCCUCCAUAUCCACUCCGCUCGCUCCCUUGAUGCUAAGAUAAAAGUCGUACGAGUCACGUGCUCCGCCGCGAUGCUCCACCUUCCGCUCCGUUGAGACUUGGCACAGCCGAAGUGGCGGCUUCGGGCCUCAGCACUCGGCGUGCGCGGUCCAAACGCCGAGCAAUCAACGAGAAGCAUCUUGUUGUCCUGCACAUCUCCGGUAGUGUGACUUCUCGGUGAGCAUAAGCAGAAAAAUUGACCAUUAAGCAUUCUUUGAAGCAUUGCGUGAAAUGCGGCCGUGCUGACCGGGAUCAUUUCAACGCAAACUGUGAUGAUGAAGCGUCUUUCUAAGCGCUUAUUGUUGAGACUCAGGCUGCCUUGGCUUGGAGGAGUAUUUAUGACAAAAGAUUCCACUAAUAAUCAAGCUACGGUUGCUUUUUGAGCUACAAAGACAAAAUAAGUGAUACCAAGAACACAGGGUAUCGAGCUAUCAAAUCCCCCGAUUGGUUCAUCAGAGCAGGGGAAUCACUGCUGAAGUGUCUGAUAUUGCAACUAAUUUUCUUGCUAAUUUAGCGGAAACGAAGCAAUAUGAGACUGGUAGGGAUUCAUUGGUUUGUUGAGGGCCUCAUUUUGCUGGUAACCCCAGACCCCGCGUUUUCCCCGGGUGAACCCCAUUCGUACUGUUUUUUGUACUCUGUGCAGAGGGUAUAGGAAAUAACGGCUGCUCAUCACUUUGUGCAGUAGUCUGUGAGACAGUGACCAGACCUAAACCAUGCAGGCCUUCGUAUCCUGUGUCCGAGCGAGUUGCAUUUAUAACGGCGGCUAAGUCGACCCUAUUCCGCGGCCGCUUGAGAUCGACAACUAGUAGUAAUAGUCUUGUUUCUUUUCUCAACGGCCAGAUUCCGUGAAAACUCUGGGCAUAAUAUUUAUAACCGAUAAGAUCUCGGAACGAUCAUCCACUCAGAGUGUCUGCCAAGAUCCAUUGCCGUUUGGCUAACUUCCGCUCCGUGAACUCGUAGCUUAAACCGGCCGGUGACUUGGCUUGCAGCUUGCCAAGCACCCAAGGAGGCAUUGGUGCACAGUGACAAACUGGUCAUAUUUCUAAGGCUAUCACUCCCUAUUACGCCCGAGGUGUUACAGCAUUAGACGCAGCCAAAAACGUGGAUUUUGGCAGAUUUGCACCGAGUCAAGAGAUAGAUUUGAGACCGUUGAAGCUUAAUGGUGAUAAAAGAAUUAGAUCAGAUUCGCCACGCAAUGCUUCAAACUGUUUGUCACAUGCGAGACCAGCAACUUGAGAUUGAGGCUUCAGCCAGGCCUCUUUCUUACUGGAUGCGUUACAUACCGUACACUCCUGGCUCAGAGUCACCUCGCUUUCCCACGGAUUUCAGGUUAACAUCCUUUAGCACUUUAAAUUGUUGCUGCCUUCGAUAAAUGUUGUUAUUUCACAAGGCUAAGGCCAGUACCUUGUCAAUGUCCCCGACACAUCAAAAGCAGGUGGAGUUACUGCUGGCCAAGACUAUUACCAAGGCUCUAUCAAUACGGAUGUUGUUCUAAUAAGAAACUCUCUUGGCGGCUGGGUACUGUCACUUGGCCGCAUCUAUCAACAGCCUAGGUACCCCAGAUCAACGAUUCACAAGCUCCGCCAAGUUCGCCCAGCCGAUUCUGAUUACUUGCAUCUUGUAUUUAUUCCUGAUCUAGUUUCUGGGCGUAAUGGAUCCCUUAGUGAUUAUCAU